ACGCAAAAGUGGCGCAGGCACCCAAGCCGGGGUAUUUGGAAGUAAAUGAAAGUAACGGCCCGCAAAGAACCAAACAAUUGGUGAUGACCAUGUGGUUGGUUGGAAAGACUAGGUGCAUAGGGCGUGCAAGAUCAGACAAUGCAUCCAUGGAACGGCAUGACAUGCAUACAGAAGGAGGGAGUUGGCAGGCGGGACUCCUUUACAUCCAAGCAGUACAUCUCCAGUACUGUAUCAACGCUAUCGAUAGUUAAGGACCAGGUCGUAUCCGGACCAAACAUAUGAGUAUGGAGCAUGAAGCGCAAUAUGCAACUCCAUGGGACACUUGCCUAGCCUCAAAGUAGCGAAACGACCAUCAUCUCCUCGAAAUCCCUCGAUACUUGCAGAUCACACCAACACCAAUACCAACACCAGCCACCUCAUCCACGCACCUAAUUUCAAAAGCCACAACGGCCCGCUCGAAGUGAGCCAAACAUACCAUGGCGAAACACCAGGAGGCGCUAUCACGACAAUGCAAGCGAGACACGCUACCAUGAUAGGCUGUCACGCAGAUUGCCGUAAAAGGAGCGGUUCGGCGUUAUUUCUCCAGAUGAUCAGCGGCAGGUUCGCAAGGUAUCCUCCAAGCGAUGAGGGCCGCGUGGUGUUGUAUAACCGUUUUACCGGCGGCGUUUUUAAUGUUAGUCAGAGUGAUGAUAAGUGUGCAAGGCGGAUUGGUGUUGCGUAUUGUAUGAGUGUUGAAGAGAUGGUUUUAUCCUCAACCUGCCAGCUCUUGGAUGUUGAUCGUAGCAACAUUUUUUAUGGAUGUGUACGUGUACGCGGUUAUGGUAAGCUACUGAUCAGGCAAUAAUAACUUGCAUAGAUGUACAUACAAUAUAUCAGGUUUCGUGGACAUCGUGUCCGACGUGCGCAUGCUCUGAAUCCGAUUGCUCAACAUGGGCACGCACACCUGCUUCCGUCAUCUCUAGUACAGAGUCGUG